UCGCGCCCGGUUAUCGGGGCGCAUAGCACUGAACUUAAUGUUUUAAGGAAAGCGAUGACAAUGCAUUCGAUAAAUACUCACAAUUUUCAUAAGGUUUUGUGCAAAUCGUGGUGGGAGGUCGCGAAUACUUCAGAAAAAAUUCAAAUAAGCACGACCAUCUUAAAUUCUUCCACUGUUUUGUUUUGUAUUUCCUUGGACCUCGUUCUGUUGCCUGUUAUUAGCAAGAAUUUCACAGUUGGAAAUAGAUUUUGUAGGUCUUCGACCAUGAUCCGCUCCAUCCAGCGACUCCAUCCGCACUUUCAGUGGCUCUACCUAUCCAGCCCAGUGUGUAUGCGGUGUGCUGCUCCAGUGUCCGCCCCAUCAGCAUCCCGAAAUCUCCAUGAAUUGCGCAUCAUUCGCCUCAGGUCCACAGUUGCUCCUCAGGACCAGCCGGGGGAAUCCAGUGAAGUCUCAUCGCAGUCCCCAACCAAAUCACAAUCCAGUGAUGCCCAGUAUUUCCGCCAACUCAUUCAGCAGUCCUCCAAGCAGCCCGCUAAGGUGGACUGGACCCAGUUUGUCAACCCGGAUCUUUAUAAAAAGGGUGAGCUGAACGUUAACGACCAGCCCGAAGUCCAUGCCAAAUUCGGUCUGCUUCAUCGCACAACCAGUCAACAGCAAUCAGCCGAUGACGCUGCCGAGGAAGUCCCGAAUGUUCUCCAGCGAACCGCGACGAUCGGCCUGGCUGAGCGCAAAACUCGCCAGGAGCGAUCAUCCCAUGACGCAUCCGUGGAAAUCCUUGACGCCAUUCCGCGGACCUCCACGGGCCUGGCCGACGACCUGGACAACGUCGACUGGGCGGAGCUGGAAAAGCAAGACCCGGAGCGCCGGCCCCUGGAGCCGGUCGACGAUCAGGAUUCUUUACUUGCAGAUGCCGUGCCCACCGCACCACCCUACGCCUUCAAUCUGGCCGCCUACGCCGAGAAGAGCCCGAACAUCCGGAAAUUCCUGGAUCUGGGCGUGGAGGUGUACCAGUACGACCAGGAUCCCGAAAUGUCGCAGCUGCUGGCCACCGGCGACUGGGACACCCGUAUCCAGCCCGUCCUGGACUUUCUCCAGUCACUGGGCAUCAAGGAGAAAAACCAGGCAAGGAUUCUCUCCAAAUGGCCGCGUAUUCUCAAGCAUGAUAUCGCGCAGCUGAACGAGAAGGUAGAAUAUCUACGCUCCAAGAAAUUUCCUCCGGAGGCCGUCGCACGCAUUUUGGUCAAAGCGCCGCUUUUGUUCUCGCUGUCGGUGCGGCAUGUCGAUAAGCAGUUAGGCGCGCUGCAGCGCACGUUCAAAUUGACCGGCGACGAGGUGCGCGACGUGGUCACCGCCGUCCCAAAGAUCGUGACGAUGCGGUCCAUCGUGUGGGCUGUGAUUCGGCUAGCCAUGAUGCAUGAGAUGGGCUUCCGCAAAGAGGAGAUCAAAGCCAUGCUGCUGAUGCAGCCCAAAAUUUUUCUCUUGGAUAAGAAGGAUUUUCUGCGGCGCUUUGAUUACCUCCACAACGUGGUCGGCAUCCAGCACGCCGACAUUGCGGCUUUUCCGGGGGCAAUGCGGACGCGCGUCUUUGAGGUGAAGGAUCGACACCUCUUCCUCAAGAAGCUCGGCCGCGAUCAGUAUGAUCGCACGCAGCCUAAUUACGUUUCGCUGCAUGAUCUGUGCUCCGGGUCCAAUUGGGACUUCUGCAUGCGGGUGGCCAAGCAGCCGUUGCGAUAUUUCAACGCUUUUCGGAAAACCUUGUAGCCAUGAGUGUUUGAAUGAAUAAAGUUUUUGAUAGUACGUGGUAUUAAUCGGGUGAUUAUUCGGAUUUCGAGUACCUGCUUACUGCGACUACGCCACUACGGUAUGAGUGGAUUAUUUCAUGCUGUCUGAACACAGCAUCACAAUAAAUGACAUUCGCUAAUACAAUAAUGAUUUCGUCAAAUGAACUGCAGCCAAACUACCUAUCUGUGUUACU